GCACCCACAUCCAUCUUUUAUUAGCUCUUGGCAUUUUUACACACAACGAAUGUGUGUCAGCAGAUCUUCCCCCACCAAUAGUGCCAGACAGUUCCUUGACAACAAUUGACAGAAGUGGGAGCAAGUCUCGCAAGGCAACCAUAGGACUUAAAAUGAAGUUAAAGUUGCCAUAUGUCAUUCCAAAACCCAUUAUUCAGGCAGCAGGUAAAAUGGAUUUUUCCAGGUGGCCAGAGCAGUUUGAACCAGACCAAACUUUGUGUGAUUUGUGUAAAAGUCCUCUUGGUCAGUCCAAGCCACACCCAAAUCAACGUGGGCGAUCAAUCAUAAUGACCAAUGGAUGUCCAUUCAAAACAGUCAAAAUGCUAGUCAAAGAUUGCUCAUGUUGCUUUGCUAUAAACCAAGUGUUUCCCUACACAUUAGGUCUGUUUAAUAUUAGUGACAAGGUUCUGGUGGCACUUGAAAUUCUAUUAGAGUUCCGAGAAUUGUUCAAAAGAGGAGUGCCAAUUUCUGUAGCCAUAAAAAGUAAAUUAGCUGUGAUGGUCCAGAAAGUUGAGGAAUCGCCAACAGAAAAUGAGUUGGAAAGUAUUGCUACACAUUUAUACAAUGGGUUUUAUUGCUUUGAGGCAAUAACUGAACGCAAUAUGGAUUCAGGUGUUUGUGGAAUUUGUGGUACUGUUGGUGAAGUGUAUUUUGGGGAUGGGAAUGAAAAAAAUUGCUGCAGCAUUAGCGAGAUUGAUUACUCACCACUACAAGAUAUAGAUUGUGAGGAAGAUGAUCCUAUUUCCCUUGAGAUGUUCUUGGAGAAAUUAAAAUACAAUUUGGUGGAAAAGACAACCUACACACGAUCGGAAAAGGCCACUAUCCACUUUUCCACCAUUCCACCAGUCAUAGCCCCAUCAUUGAGAAGUACAAAAUUGUUCAACACUGAAGGGGAAAAAAAGUGCUUUUCUCAAGCAAUAUGGCAAACCUAAUGAAGGUGAUCCAGCUCUUUUGCAUCAUUAGAUAU